AGCAGAACACCGGAUAGCAUCAGCAGUGGGACUACUCUUGAAGUGUUUGUUGUUUUUGUCUUUAUCAAAGUAGCAGUAACACAGCAGACAUCACAGAGGAAAACACACUUUCGCCAAUGAGGUUUAAUAGGUGACAUCCAUCUUGCUGAUUUAAAGACAUAAGACCUGAGCCAUGGGGAGGAGGUACUACUGUGACUACUGUGACAGAUCCUUUCAGGACAACAUGCACAACAGGAAGAAACAUCUGAAUGGUGUUCAGCAUCACAGAGCAAAGAAGGCCUGGUUUGACCAUUUUAGAGACUUUGCAGCUAUUCUGUAUGAUGAGCAAGCAAAGAAACCCUGCAGGAAGUUUCUGCUAAAAGGGAUCUGUGAUUUUGGCCCUAACUGCAGGUUUUCUCACAUGUCCGAGGAGGAUCUGUCAGACUUAAAAAGACAGGUGGAAGAUGAAAGGCAACACAGAGAAGACUCUCAGGACAGAUUUAUGCCUGGACGAAGUAUAGAAGACUGGCUCUCUAGAAGGGAAAAGAAGCGGACUGCCCUCGGUAGCAAAGGAGAUCUAAAAAACAAGGACGACUGUGAAGAAAGCCAAACAGAAAGUGACAUACCUCAGCAGCUCCUCUCCUUUCAUGACCUUCCACCCUCACUUAUACCUCCUCCUGCUGCCGGGUGGAAAGUCAAAGUGAACACAGAAUGGAGUUGAAAUAUAUUCAAUUUGCUUUUCAAAUGACAGUAAUAGAAGGAGGGAUGAUGCAGAAGAGAUGGUUCCCGUAAUGACAUAUUCACAUUGGAAGUAACUGCAUUUGACAGCUUGAAAUAAGGGUUUGGGAAUGGGAAUGGGAAUAGUCGAUAUAUUUUGUAUACUCUACAGUACAGGCCAUGUUUGGAACAGCUGUUCAUUAAAAUGGAAAAUCUUUUAUUUUAAGCUUGUGCUGUGUCACUGGGGAAUCACUGAUCUCAUGAUCGUAAUUAUAUGUAUAACUCAGCCAGCCACUGGGAAAACACCAUUUUACUUCCUAAAUAGUAAAGAUGACAAUGUAAUGAUCUGGAUUACAUUUUAUAAUAAAAAGCUUCAGAG